AUGGCGCCAAUUGCGAACCUUGCGAACACCAUGGAGGCUAACGCUGCUGCGAGUCUGCAAGCUGUGCAGAAGUUAGGCCAACCGGUAGGAAACGGAGAUGGGAAUGGCAAGGAAAAUGCGGAUGACAAUACUGAAGGGAACGGAGACAACACGGGAGGUGCUCCGAUGACCUUGGCGACUUUUUUCAAGGUUCAUCCGCCAAGUUAUAGAGGUUCAACAAAUCCCACCGAAGCGGCCAACUGGUUCCAAGCGAUGGAGCGUACGCUGCAGGCACAACAUGUCCCGCACAACCAAUAUGUGGAGUUUUCUGCUUAUCAGCUUUGGGAAGAGGCCCAGCAUUGGUGGCAAGCAGAUUGCCACUUGUUACAGCUUCAAAAUGCCGACGUUCCUUGGGAUGUGUUCCAAAUAGCCUUCUACAAGAAGUAUUUUCCUGAGUCUUCAUGGGAAGCAAAAAAGAUGGAACUUAUACAAGCAAGUUUGAGGAACUCUGUAGGUUCUCUAGGGUGUGUCAGGGUGCCCCGGAGACCUGUGAGAGUUGGAAGUGUGUCAAGUAUCAAAGUGGCUUGA